AACACGAGGGUCUUAAACGUAAAAAGAUCUCCAAGACUGAUAAAGCCCUAAACCCUUCGCCGGAGGGAACGAAGAAGACUCGCCACUUCGUUUUUGAAACCCUAGACCUCGAGAAACACUAGAAACUCUCCGAGGUAGUUGUCAAUUCGGCAGGCCGACGAUGAGGAAGAAGGUGGACGACCGGAUCCGCACGCUGAUCGAGAAUGGCGUCAAGCUCCGGCACCGCUCCAUGUUCUUGAUCGUCGGAGACAAGUCUCGAGAUCAGAUUGUGAAUUUGCACUACAUGUUGAGCAAAUCGGUGGUGAAAUCUCGCCCUACUGUUCUGUGGUGCUACAAGGAUAAACUCGAACUCAGCAGUCACAAGAAAAAACGUGCAAAGCAGAUAAAGAAAUUGAUGCAGAGGGGAUUGCUGGACCCUGAAAAAGUAGACCAGUUUUCUCUUUUUGUUGAAAGCGGGAAUAUAACAUAUUGCCUGUAUAGAGACUCAGAAAGAAUUCUUGGGAAUACCUUUGGCAUGUGUAUUCUACAGGAUUUUGAAGCAUUAACACCUAAUCUCCUUGCGAGGACUAUUGAGACAGUGGAGGGUGGUGGUUUGAUUGUCUUAUUACUUCGAUCACUUUCUUCUCUCACCAGUCUCUACACUAUGGUUAUGGAUGUGCAUGAAAGGUUUCGUACAGAAUCUCAUAGUCAGCCAGCUGCACGAUUCAAUGAACGUUUCUUGUUGUCAAUUGCAUCAUGUAAAGCAUGUGUCGUUAUGGAUGAUGAGCUUAAUAUUUUGCCAAUAUCAUCUCAUAUAAGAUCAAUCCAACCUGUAACAGUCAUGGAGGAUUCUGAGGGCCUAUCAGAAAAGGAAAGGAAGCUGAAAACUUUGAAAGAGCAAUUUCAUGAAGAUUUACCAGUAGGCCCUUUAAUUGGCAAGUGUUGUACAAUGGACCAGGGAAAAGCUGUGAUUACAUUUCUUGAUGCAGUUCUGGAUAAGACACUUCGAAGCACUGUUGCAUUAAUUGCUUCUCGUGGACGAGGAAAAUCUGCAGCUCUUGGUCUUGCUGUAGCAGGGGCUGUUGCUGCAGGGUAUUCAAACAUUUUUGUCACAGCACCCAGCCCUGAAAACCUUAAGACGUUGUUUGAGUUUGUGUGCAAGGGACUUAAUGCGUUGGAAUAUAAGGAACAUUUGCAUUAUGAUGUGGUUAAGAGCACUGAUCCAGAUCUCAAGAAAGCAACCAUCCAGAUAAAUGUUUACAAGCAGCAUCGACAGACAAUUCAAUAUCUGAAACCACAUGACCAUGGAAAACUUGCUCAAGUUGAGCUUCUAGUUAUUGAUGAAGCUGCAGCUAUUCCAUUACCUAUCGUGAAGUCACUGCUCGGACCUUAUCUUGUCUUCCUUUCAUCUACUGUUAAUGGGUAUGAAGGCACGGGAAGGUCAUUGUCAUUGAAGCUUCUUCAGCAAUUGGAAUCACAAAGCCAGGUGCCUGGUCAGACUGUUGAUGGUCCCCAUCCUGGUAGGCUUUUUAAGAAGAUUGAACUGAAUGAGUCGAUCAGAUAUGCUUCUGGAGAUCCUAUUGAGUCUUGGCUUUAUGGAUUACUUUGCUUGGAUGUCACAAGUUAUAUACCUAACAUUUCCAGACUCCCCCAUCCGAGUGAAUGUGAUCUCUACUAUGUUAAUCGAGACACCCUUUUCUCUUAUCACAAAGAGAGUGAAAUAUUUUUACAGAGGAUGAUGGCUCUUUAUGUUGCUUCUCACUACAAAAAUUCUCCGAAUGACUUGCAAUUAAUGGCUGAUGCACCAUCACACCACCUAUUUGUUUUGCUCGGCCCUGUUGAUGAGUCUAAAAAUCAACUUCCAGAUAUUUUGUGUGUAAUACAGGUUUCUCUUGAAGGGCAAAUAUCACGUAAAUCUGCUAUUAAAAGCCUGAGCGAGGGACACCAACCUUUUGGUGACCAAAUUCCCUGGAAAUUUUGUGAGCAAUUCCAAGAUAAUACAUUUCCAAGUCUUUCUGGUGCUAGAAUUGUGCGAAUUGCUGUCCACCCCAGUGCGUUAAGGCUUGGAUAUGGCUCAGUUGCGGUAGAGCUUUUAGCAAGGUACUAUGAAGGACAGCUGACUCAUUUCACUGAAGCAGAAUUUGAUGAGAAUGAGGAGCAAAACAUCAGAGUUACUGAAGCUGCAGAAAAGGUCUCAUUAUUAGAGGAGAAUAUAACGCCGAGGGCUAAUCUCCCUCCUCUUCUUGUACAUCUUCGUGAAAGGCACCCUGAAAAACUCCAUUACCUUGGUGUAUCUUUUGGUCUGACAAGGGAUCUAUUUCGUUUCUGGAGGAAGCACAACUUUGUGCCAUUCUAUAUUGGCCAGAUUCCAAGUGCCGUGACUGGUGAACAUACUUGCAUGGUUCUGAAGCCAUUAAACAAUGAUGAAAUUGAAGUUAGUGAACCUGGGCAAUUGGGGUUUCUUUCUCCAUUUUAUGAAGAUUUCAAACAACGGUUUAGCCGACUCCUUGGCACCACCUUUCGUGCACUUGAUUAUAAGCUUGCGAUGAGCAUAUUGGCAUCAAAGAUAAGUUUUGCAGAGCAUGAAACAUUAUCCGAUGAGAACUCAAAGCCUUUGCAGGCCCUGCUGUCACCAUAUGAUAUGAAGCGACUGGAAGCAUACACAAAUAAUCAUGUAGAUUAUCAUAUGAUUCUAGACCUUGUUCCGAUACUCGCGCAUCAGUACUUCCAGGAAAAGAUUCCGAUGACAUUAACUCCUGUUCAAGCUUCUGUCUUAUUCUGCAUAGGUAUGCAGAACCAAGACAUUUCAUAUAUCAAGGAAGAGAUGAAGCUGGAAAGAGAGCAGAUACUGUCAUUGUUCAUCAAGGUGAUGAAAAAACUGUACAAUUAUCUAUACAGCAUUGCAGCCAAAGACAUUGACUCAACUUUACCUCGACUCAAGGAUGUAUCAUUUGCUCCUCACAGUAAAUCAGUUGAUGAAGAUCUCAAUGAGGCUGCCAGGGAGGUCAUGGAGAAAAUGAAAGCCGGAAAUGAAGCGAUGUUGGAUCCAGAGCUCCUGCAGCAAUAUGCCAUUGUGGAUAGAGAAGGUGAUUUCGAGAAGGCUCUUCAAACCGGAGCUGGUAAAGUUCCGGCCAGUGGCCUCCUCAGUGUUAAAUCCAACAGACCGAGGAAAGAGAAGCCCGAAACUCACUUGGAAUCAUCAAGAAAGAACAAAAGAAAAGGCGACGGUCAUAAAGAUAGGUCAAAAUUCAGCAAAAAGAAUAAAUCUUAAGGCAAUGAAAUUUAUGUGUUUGCUAAUUUAUUAUUUUGUAGCCAUUUUGCUGCAUCCAAAUUUUGUAGAGAAUUUAAGAUAUACUUCCCACAUUUUUACAGCAUAUCUUGAAAAUUUUUUAUUGCCUUUGUAUUCUAGAGUUACUGUAUUACUGUGUAUGUAAGCAUUUAAAAGC